AUGUACAACCGCUACGCCGAGUCUUCUCGGGUCAACUGGACAAACAAUUUCGCAAACUACCUCGAUCCGACCCAUAAGCGCGAGUGGAGCGAGCUGUUGACGCCGCGAGGAGAUGGACUGAUUUUGAAGAGCAUCAAAACGGACUACAAGUUUCCGAUGAAGUGGCCGGACCGCGUGACGGUCCUUCACAAACUGCGUUCAGAGCCUGAGCUAGACACGGACAGCUUCAUCAUGGACGUGAUAAUACUAUCGGAGCUACACCGACGGCCUGCCGCACGGUGUGUAGAGGACAUCGUCGUGUACGACUACAAGAAAGGGAAAAAGACACCAUUGAGGCCAUUCAUAGUCGAGCAGUUCAAAGAGACGUUCCGCUUGCAAGAGGAGGCGAAGAAGAAGAACGGUGAUAGAGUAAAGUAUCUGCUAGACAGGGUAAGGGAGAUAGAACAGGCGUCGUGGGAUAGACCUGAUGCGCAGGAAGACUUUGGCAGCGCAGUGUCAUGA